AUGGCGGAGCGCUGGCUGGCUAUGCACGCCUCGACCAACUCCCGCUUCACCCGAGCCUCGCAAGACACACACGCCAGCCUGCCUCCGGAGGCAGAGGAACCCCACCGCACCCCCCCCUCGGUGCGCAGACCCGUGGGACGCUCCUCCCAUCUGGACGGCAUCUCCAUGGAGAUGUCCCCCGGCCGGUCGGAGCGGGCCUUUCGCACGGGCAAUGAGCGCCUGUACGAGGCAUACAACGACCUGCACGCCCUGGCCCAGGACUUUGAGAAGCCGUUUGAUGCCCCUGCCAUCCUGGUGGUGGGGCACCAGACCGAUGGCAAAUCAGCCCUGGUGGAGGCGCUGAUGGGCUUCCAGUUCAACCACGUGGGCGGGGGCACCAAGACUCGACGUCCCAUCACCCUGCACAUGAAGUACAACUCGGCUUGCGUGCAGCCCCACUGCUACCUGGUCACCGAGGACUUUGGGGAGCAGGGCGUGUCGCUGGAGGAGCUCCAGGACCACAUCGAGAAUGAGAACUCCCGGCUGGACCGGGAGGGACAAUUCUGGUCCAAGGAGAUUGUGGUCAAGAUCGAGUACAAGUUCUGCCCCAACCUGACGAUCAUCGACACCCCGGGCCUCAUCUCCGCCGCGCCGGGGAAGCGCAACAGCAACCUGCAGACCUCCGCGCGCCAGGUGGAGGCCAUGGUGCGGCUGAAGAUGGAACAGCGCGAGUACAUCAUCCUCUGCCUGGAGGACAGCAACGACUGGAGCAACGCCACCACGCGCCGCCUGGUGGACCCAGCACUGACGAGGACGGUGGUGGUGUCCACCAAGUUGGACACGCGCAUUCCUCAGUUCGCGCGCGCGUCGGACGUGGAGAUGUUCCUGCGCCCCCCCUCCCGCCUGCUGGAGCCGACCAUGCUGGGCGGGUCCCCCUUCUUCACCUCGGUGCCCUCGGGUCGGGUGGGCAACAGCCAGGACGCCAUCUUCCGCUCCAAUGAGCACUUCCGCCAGGCCGUCGCGGAGCGCGAGGCCCUGGACGUGGCAGAGCUGGAGUCGCGGCUGGGGCGGCGCCUGGGCCCCGGCGAGCGUUCCCGCAUCGGCGUGGGCCAGCUGCGCCGCUUCGCGGAGCACCUGCUGCAGCGCCGCUACCUGGAGAACGUGCCCACCAUCGUGCCGGUGCUGGAGCGGGAGUACCGCUGCGCGGCGCGCAAGCUGGAGGAGACGCAGGCGGAGCUGAACGACCUGCACCCCGAGCGCUUGAAGGAGAAGGGCCGCGUCUUCCGCGAGUCCUUCAUCGCCAAGCUGGCCCUGCUCCUGCGCGGCACGGUGGCCGCGCCACCGGAGCGCUUCGGCGAGACCCUGGCCGACGAGCACGUGCGCGGCGGCGCCUUCCUGGACCCCCUGACCAACAAGGCCAUCGCCGUGGAGGGGUCGCUGCCCAACGCCCACAUGCGCCUGUUUGGCGGCGCGCAGUACCACCGCGCCAUGGCCGAGUUCAGGGCUGGCAUCGGAGAGAUGACGUGCCCCGACAUCUCGCGCGAGGAGAUCGUCAACGCCUGCGGCAUCGACGACUUCCACGACGGCGUCAAUUACACGCGCACCGCCUGCGUCAUCGCCGUGUCCAAGGCCCGCGACCUCUUCGAGCCUUUCCUGCACCAGCUGGGCUACCGCCUGGCCCACAUCCAGCGCCGCAUGCUGCCAAUCUCCAUGCACCUACUCCAGCGCGACGGCCAGUUCCUGAACGGGCACGACCUGUUCCUCAAGCGCGUGGGCGCGGCCUACCACGCCUUCAUCGAGGACUCGGAGACGGCGUGCCGCGGCAAGUGCCUGGAGGACCUGCAGAGCACCACGCGGUACGUGACCUGGAGCCUGCACACCAAGUCGCGGAGCAGCCUGAAGGCCAUGCUGGGCAAGGUGCUGGAGAACACGCUGUGGAGCCGGACGCUGGGCGCGAUGAGCGAGGAGAUCGUGGCCGCGCUGGUGUGCCAGAUCUUCGAGGGCAUCCGCGACCACUUUGUGCAGGCGGUGGAGCUCAAGUUCAACUGCUUCUUCCUCAUGCCCCUCAUCGACGCGUUCCCGACGCGCUUGCGCGAGGAGCUGGAGGCCGCCUACGCGGAGGACCUGGACGAGGUGUUUGAUGUCGCCGCGGUACGCGCCGCCCUGGAGGGCCGGCUGAAGGCGCUGGAGUCGGAGCUGGCCUCCGUGGAGCGCCUGCAGCGCAAGUUUGCCAUGAUCCACUCCACCCUGGCCCAGCAGCAGUCGGGCGGGGGCGGGGGUGGCACGGCAGGCGGCGGCGGCGGCACGGCGGGCGGCGCCAAGGAGGCGGCGCGCAGCAGCGCCGAGAACGCGCUACUGGCGGAGGCGCUGCGCGCCGAGGCGGUGCGCGCGUCGGCGGAGACCAACCCGCUCAACCUGUCGCAGAGCAGCCUGCCCGGGCGGGCGGGCAAGGCGGGCACGGAGGCCGCGCGCACCGUGCACCGCGCCCCCCUUUCCACGCUGCGAUGA